CAUUUAUGAGCCGAAGAAAUUAACAGAUGCAUAUAAAGUUGAAUUAAAAUCUUAAAAAUUUGACAAAGAAUGAAACGAAAAGCCUUAUUAUAUACAUAUAUAUGUAUGUGGGAUAGAUGUUUUCAGAAUGGUACUGAGUUAGAACGGCGAACGCGUCUCUUUCAGGUCUACGAGAAUGACUAAGCAUAUUUAUCGGGAAAACGCAAAAGACAGAGGUAUUCGGGCGUUUUCGAGGCUAUUUCGUUCUCGAGCGUGAAAAACUGCCGAGUCGAAAAAAGCUAUGGAUGGAAAAAGAUCGAUUAAAAUGGAUCCGCUAUCACCUGGACCAUGUCUGGACAUCAGUGACGAUGAGCUUGUUACAAUAUCUGUGCGGGAUUUGAACAGACAGUUGAAAUUACGUGGAUUGUCCAGAGAGGAGAUUGUACGUAUGAAACAGCGAAGACGUACACUGAAGAACAGAGGCUAUGCAGCUAGUUGCCGCAUAAAACGCAUCGAGCAAAAGGACGAAUUGGAAUCUGAAAAGACUCAAGAAUAUCGCGAUAUGGAAACCAUGCAGGAGGACAACAAUCAAAUGAGAGAAGAGAUAGAAUCCUGGCAUUCCAAGUAUCAAGCGCUCAAAAAGUUUGCUCAAGAAAAGAAAAUUAUGAUUCCACCAGAUUUGGAAAACAUGUAGAAAAAUUUAAAUAUUCUAAUUAACUUUAACAUAUAUACACAUUAAUAUAAAUUAUGUUAUUCCUACAGCGUAAUUUGAAUUCUAAGCUAUAUGUACAAAAUGAAGUUUUCUAUAAUUUCUAAAAAAAUAAAUUGCAAACAGUUGCAACAUUGUGUUAAACAUGUACCAACAAUCCUACAUUACAAAUAGAAGAAUAUUUAAUAGUAAAAUGAUUAGUAAAGUUUUCAAUAUUUCAACUGUUUACAAUUUUUAUUAUUUUUUUAGAACUGUAGAAAAAAAUAUUUUAUAGAAAUAAUUCAGGUGUCUUAAGUUAUAAGAGUAUUAUUAUGUAUGAAAUACUUAUAAAUAUAAGAGAAUAUGACUUUAUAUGUAAUAGUGUUAAGGGACAAAGGAUGGAAAAUUAUGGUAAUUUCAUUGACUUUUCAUAUAUCUUCAUUUUCAGUACAUAAUAAAAGUAUUAAUCUGCUAA